UGUGUCUGGAUACAUCUCAUCAACACAUGCAGCUCCUAGGAGAGUUUCUAAUGCAGUUCAGAUAGUCAUCACAAAAUAUAUGUUUGGAGGCAUAAAUAAAUCCCUACUACAGAGUGCCAGUGAAAAUCUGCUUCCAUCCAACGCUCGUAUGCUCUUGAAGCAGCAACCAAGUCAGUCUGCUAUUCCCUUCCAGCCUCCCUCCUCGUGGGUGGAGUUCCAUCCACCGACGCACGGCUGGUGGAGCUGGUUCCUAAGACAACCCAUGAAACAUGCAUCCCACUAGCGAGACUGCUUUCACAGCAGCUGCGGGGAAACUGAAGCCACCACUUGAAACCUGCGAGAGAGAGAAAGACAAUCUAACCACACUUCCUGUUGUGACAGCAAACAUGCGAGGAUAUAUGAUGCAGAAACCCGCCACAUAACCUGCCUUUUACAACAGAGAAUCAUUAAGUUUCUGCAGACUUCUGGGUUUUUUCCAACUUCCACAAGAUGCAUAUGAAUAGCUUACUGAAUCAGUUGACCAGCAUCUCCAGUAUGUGUGAUGUGGAUGUAUCAGAGCCCACAAGUCCCACCUUGUGUGGUGAAUCUUCAGACAAGUACUUUCAUGUGGACCGUUGGCAGAAACUCCGCACCGCCGUGCGCAAACUGGAAUUCUGGGAAAACUUCACUGCUGAGCUCAUUGGGAGUGGCUUCUUCUCCAAGGUCUAUAAGGUGAUACACACUACUAGCCGGAAGGUGAUGGUUGUGAAGAUAUACAAAAAUGAUGUGGACCAAGACAGCAUUGUACGUGAAAUCAGCCUUCUUCAGAAACUCUCCCAUCCCAAUAUUGUCAGAUAUCUGGGAAUAUGUGUUAAAGAAGACAAACUCUAUCCAAUUUUAGAGUACGUGAAUGGUGGCUGUCUCGAGGAGCUCCUGGCCAGAAAAGAUGUUGCCCUGGGCUGGAAAGAGAAGGUGGACCUUGCCUGUGAUAUCAGCAGAGGAAUGAUCUACCUGCACUACAAGAAUAUUUACCACAGAGAUCUCAACUCAAAAAAUUGUCUCAUCCGAAUGACAUCACGAGGUCGGGAGGCCCUAGUGACAGACUUUGGUCUUGCGAGGGAGGUGGUGGAACUGCCAGUAAAAGACCCAGGCAGGAAGCUCUCAUUGGUUGGCUCUGCUUUUUGGAUGGCCCCAGAGAUGCUCCGUGGGGAGCCGUACGACCGCAAGGUGGAUGUUUUCUCCUUUGGAAUUGUGCUUUGUGAAAUCCUGGCCAGGAUCCCUGCCGACCCUGAGAUACUGCCUAGAACACAGGACUACGGGUUGGAUGAGAAUGCAUUCAAGGAGAUGGUGACCGACUGUCCUCAGCGUCUCUUGGAACUGGCAGCCAACUGCUGUAUGGUUGAGUCCUUCAGACGUCCAGCAUUCACAGAGCUGUUAGAUGAGUUGGGAGAAUUUGCAGAGAGUCUGGAACCACCGACGAAAUCGGAACUGGCCUUAACCUGAGUCGCCGAGGGAUGAAUGACUGGAGGCACCGGAAGAACAACAGCAACCCGAUUGAGAGAUAAUCGUAUUUCACCCACUCUGCGACAAGACUGCUCAACUGAGUCGGUGCAAAUAUAGUUGAUAUUAAUUUCAGGGGAGAAUAUGAUGACUUGUUGUGGACACUUGCAUUUAUACACUCUAAAUAGGUCAGACUCAAAGAGGUGUAUACUGUACAUGGCGUGGUCGGUUUCUUUUUUUUGUUUUUUUUACGUCUAAUUAGACCAAAUGGUGACAUGCUCUUUCCUUUGUUCUUGACCAAGGGUUUGGCUCGCAACCAAUCAGACAGUCACGUCUAUUGAUGUAGUUUCUUCCUCUUUCACUACAGUAUAUCUUCUCGUCCCUUGGUUUUUAAUUCAGGUUAGGAUUGACAGCUGAGUUGUUUGCCUUCUACUGUCAUCAGAAAUCAUGACAAGAGGACUGCACUCAGAAUGGCCUUUGAAUACAAAAAGGCAAGGCUCUUAAAUCAGGAGCAGAACAGAUCACACAUUUGUCUUUGCGGACUUCAUCGUCUGGCUCUUGAAAUAAUGAGACAACACUGGCGGCAAGGUCAAAUGCUCUUCUCCACAAUAAAUAUAAUGCAAUGAAAGAUUCACAAAGGUGUCGGCUAUUUGAAGAGAAGAAGUUUGUUGUUGUUUUUUUUUUAAUGGAAUUCAAAGAGAUGUUUCAGAAAGUCAACAUAAGUACAAAUUAUGAAGAAAUUAAUAAUGUGCUGUAUUACAAACUGGAGUUUAAAUAGAUGUUUUAUGGGUCUCAGGAUGACAACAUUACUUUGGCUUUAAAAGGGCAGAUGAUGGUAUUUUGGGUACUAUUUUUAUAGAGAAAGACGUCAACAUUGAAAGAUGUCUUGCUAGGAUGUACAUAUUAAUCUGUAUUCAAAGUGCUUUUUUUCCCUGGUUGCUAAUACAGUUUUCAUGUUCCAAACUAAUGGGCCUUUCUUUUUUUGUAUUAUAAAUUUAAAAACAAAAAUAAAGUUUUAUUCCCAUUUAAUACAAA